AUGUAUUUUCUUAUCUACCUAACCACACUUUUCACCGUCGUUGCCGCAAACUCCAUUCGCUUCAUCAACAACGGCAACAGAACACGCAACCUCUGCUUCUACAAUCUCGUCAAAGACGACACCUUAUAUAUCCAAUUCCUUGGUUUACCUCAAACUAUAGAGAAGGGUAAAGAGCUCGAGUACCCUCUCCCAAACAACUUUCGCGGUCGCUUCUCCACCCUACUGCUUAAUGAAGAAUGCAACAGCGCACAUGUCUUCGGACACGUCAGGUUUAAUAAUACGGCAGGGGGAAUGACCCAGUAUACUGUCACUAGCACGAUCGAAGCUGGGGAAAAUGGAAGUAAAUUAGGGAUUAGCCUAUUAUCUGCAAAGCCCAAGACGGGUAAACAUGAAAUAAAAGGUUGUCUGACGUUUCCGUGUGUGGGAGCUGAUGAGGAGAAAGAUGGGCUUCCGGCUGGGAAGAUACCUUGGGGCAGGGCUGCUGAGAAUGAGAUGUGGUGUUUGAUUGAUGCACCCCCAAAACGUUGA